ACAGCUUUCAUUCUUAUAUCUUUCUAUUGCUGUUAUUCAUAAUAUUAAAAGAAAUGUGGAACAAACUCAUUCUAUUGAGUGUUGUAGCACUUACUUUUAACUACCUUGCCUUAGCCUACGAGCCAAGCCCCCUCCAAGAUUUUUGUGUAGCCGACCCCAACAGCUCAGUUAAAGUAAAUGGUGUAACAUGCAAGAACCCAAUGCACGUUCAAGCCGAGGAUUUCUUCUUCAGUGGGCUACACCUCAGGGGUAACACAUCAAACCAGUUGGGAUCAAAGGUGACCCCAGUCUUUGCAACUCAAUUACCGGGGCUAAACACUUUAGGCAUCUCAAUGGUUCGAAUUGACUACGCACCAUGGGGACUUAAUCCUCCUCACACCCACCCAAGAGCCACAGAGAUUCUAACAGUUCUUGAAGGGACUCUACAAGUUGGAUUUGUCACUUCUAAUCCUGAUAACCGCUUUAUCAACAAGGUGUUGCAAAAGGGUGAUGUUUUCGUGUUCCCUGUUGGACUUGUUCAUUUCCAGCGGAAUGUGGGUAAUGGAAAUGCUGUUGUUAUUGCUGCAUUAAGCAGUCAAAACCCAGGUGCUAUAACAAUUGUGAAUGCUGUUUUCGGAGCAAAUCCUUCAAUUCCAGCGGAUAUUCUAGCCAAGGCAUUCCAAGUGGAUAAGAGUGUGGUGGAUCAGCUACAAGCCAAGUUCUAAAGUUACAACGACUUCAAUGACAAAAAAGGUUAACAAUUGGUGUUCGCAUAAUCGUUUGAUUUCAUU